GGGGCCACUAGUGUUUCUCGGUCAAAUCAAAACAUGUCUGAGUUCGACAGAUUUAGCCAUUAAUUGCUACGGACGUCUGUUAUCACCACAACAAAUCGUCGAUUGGACCGACUGCUAUAUGGUUCCCGCCGUAUUAACGGCCGACAACCCAGAAAGAUGCCGCAGAAAGCACUGGGAUCCAUUGUAGGGCUUCUUUGUACUGGGACUUGUCUGGUGCAGGGGAAGGAGUUCUGUUUUGGGGUAAACAAUGAACAGUAUCGCUGCGAGAUGGGGUACUGCUGUGGAGAGACAGAGUGCUGCACUUACUACUAUGAGCUUUGGUGGUUCUGGUUGGUAUGGACUCUUAUCAUAAUGCUCAGUUGCUGCUGUGCCUACCGACACCGCAGAGUUAAAAUGCGUCUGCAGCAAGAGCAACGUCAACGUGAGAUCAGCCUAAUGGCUUAUCAAGGAGCUUCCAGUUCCUUCAUUUCCCCCCCUCCUCUCAAUUUAAGGUUCUGGAACGACUGCAAGCUUCCUGACUAUGAAGAGGUUGUAGGCCACCCUCCAACUCCACCGCCUCCUUAUUCGGAAAACCCUCCUGAGACAACUCCAGCUCUCCCUUUACAUUUGAGCCAACCAGACGCUGCCUCCGUGCCCCAACCCCAGCCCGAGGUUGAGCUGAGUGAGGACUGUCAGGCCUCAGGCUCAUCAUCAGAUCAGCAGGCGGUGUUGCUCCCAGUCCAAGCACAAUGUCAGUCAGAGGAGAAUGUAGAGGCUUUGUUGUUGGGAGCUGCAGAAGAGGAUGAGGAGCUUGUCACUCGACGCCGGCAUGUGACCGGCGACUCAGGGAUUGAGGUGUGCGUUUGCCAGCUGGAUGUAGACGAGGGCUCAGGUCUCGAGGAGGAAAGCGAUGAGGAGCAUCGCGUGUGCAACGUUACCCACAGGGAUUGCUGCUCCAGCCACCAGCAGGAGAACUUCAGAGAGAAGGAAUGCACCUCGGAGGUACCCAGCCAGACCGCCAACACCAGCACUGGAGACCACAUGGUGUGAUCCACAGCGUAACUAACCGGCCAAAUCAUGCAGCUUUCCAGCUUCACAUACGGUGAUAAAACUGUUGCCAUCAUCAUUUUCACAAGGACUGUAUGGGCUUUAAUUAUCUGACCUAACACAUAAAUGUGACCUAAAGAUGAUCAUGAUAACUAAUCUAAUAUGGCUCCUUUUUAGGACAUAAAUGAUCGUGCGGACAAACUCUUGGCUUUUUUUUUUUUCUUCAUUUAUUUAUCUUGUCUUAUUGGGGGAACCAGCAAACACAUGUUGCUCCAUUUGGCAUUGAUUUUCUUAGGAUUAAGCAUGACAGCAUGAGUGGGUGGUAACAAGACAGCAAUCGAUUGUGACUGAAAACAAAAUUGACUGUUUCCCUUUCCCUCUUCUUCAGCACUGCUGUCAUGUGUCCUUUUCUGUCUUGUCACUGUCAUGGGUCAGAACAUUUCUGGCCUUUCCUCCAACUGAAAUUUUACCUCCAGUGGGAUGGUCACUCCGAAGCAUACCAACAUGGUCAGCAACAUUUCUCCCCACUGUGACUCAGUAGACAAGUCAUAAACAAACUUAUUAAAAACUCAUCGUUAUCUUGGAUGAAUUGAAAAGAGAUUGUUCAUUUUCGUCAAAGCUGUGAGCAUGUAGCACCGAGAGAGCGUUGUGAAAUGUAGGACACAGCUGCAAAGUAAUGUCAGCUCUGAGGAAAUGGCAACUAGUGUUUGGUGAAGGCUGUGGAAAAUGAGGUUUUUUUUGGGG